AUGCGCAAUCCCCAGAAGCGGAUCGAUCUGGAGCACCUCAAACGCAUGGAGGCUGAGAUUUUGAACUAUUUGUCUGCUGCUGGCAAACAAAACGACGUAACGGAAGCUUUAAAAUGCUGCCCGCUUCUCUCCGAUAGAAAAAGAAUGGAGGAUUUAAACAAGGCUGCGCGAUUAAGUUGUUUUUGGGCUCUGAGUGUUCAGGAUAGCUGCGGCGGAAUGAUGCGCAAGAUUCAAAUCUAA